AUGAAGCAUAUAUCGACAUAUCAAUCCGCAUUCCUCAGCCUUGAAGUUCGUGAGGGUUGUGCUUUGACUAAUGACGAUUUGAAGUUGAUAUAUACCACACUUCCUGAUAUUCAGGAGCUCUGUAUUGAAUACAUUGGUAAUUGUGCUAAGGAAUUAGCCAAUGGAGGGUUAUUGAAUUUUAAAAAAUUAGAAUAUUUUGAUCUGAGAGAUCCAUUCUGUACAAAUUUAGCAGCCAUUCCAUUACCUUCAAGCUUGACAAAGCUUUCAUUCCAGGAUACUGCGACGUUAAGCGAAGCCAAUGAAGCACCCAAUUUGGAAGAAUUCAAGACUUCCACGGGGAUCUAUAGUAAGAAAAUUGACUUGAUCAAAGUUCCACCUAAUUUGAAACUUUUAUGUCUCUUCUGUAGAGCAUCCAAUAUUCGAAUAAGUGAUCUUCCCGAGUCUUUAGAAAUGGUCUUUAUCAGGUUUGGAAGAUACUCAAAAGCUUUUAUUGAUGACCUUCUGAGUAAACAAUUAUGGCCCUCAAAUAUCAAAGAAAUCGACUUAGGCGAUGAACUCUGCUACGGACGAGGAUACUCGUGCCAAUACUUGGAUUCGGGUAAUGUCCAUUGCGAAGUGUUGCAAAAUUUUAACCAAAAUUAUUCCGAUAACAAUGCUGACUCUUUCUCAAAAGGUUCACAUUUAGACAAUGAAUUGUUAGAACGCUUAAGCCAUGGUUGGCCAGAAAGCUUAGAAAAAAUAAGCCUGAGUUCGUCAAAAGUAACGAACCUUGGAUAUUUGAAAAACUUACCGACAUUGAAAAAGUUAGAUUUGGAAAACUGCCUGGAACAACAAAGAAACUUAAGCUCGUUGAAAUCAAUAGACGGCUAUCCCUACCCGUACUUUAGGUUCGCUCCUUAUUUAACCAAACUUAAUCUUUCAUGUGGACAUUGCUACGAUGAGACGUUUAAGAAUUCAACAGAACGAAUGGUUUUUCCCGAGUCUUUUGAAAAAACUCAUACUACGUGA